AUAGGUUGGUGCGUGUUCGACUUCACCAGGACCAGUUGUAUAUGCGGUAUGGACCGUGGAUGCUACCAGGUUGACACAUGGCAGUGGACAUCUACUAUUGCAUACUUGGUACCAGUUAUAGGCGGCUAAUCUAGUGCCCAUCGCUCGCGCUAAUUGGGCGGCGCGUGUUUGGACUCGCCAAGGUCGUUGCUUAUGGUUGGAUCAAGGGCCUGUUUUAGUCGGGAUUUGUAUAGAGCGGUUCUGGGGUACCACGAUGAUGGGUUGGGAGGGGUCUGCUUGGUGGAUAGUGGCCCCGGAAGAGGGAAUCCAGUUUGCUCGUUCGUGUUUGAGAGAGGGACUGAUGACAAAGGUCAUUCUGAUCCAGUAGGUGCUGCGACUGGUCAGGGGGACUAGAAGGCUCGUAGAAGUAGAGGAGGGUGUUUUAUACAAAGAGCUCAAGAGAUAAAUAGAGAUUCAUUCUCAGCAUCAAUUCAUCUAAAUCAGAGGACACAGGCAAGAAAGAUCGAUCCCCAGAACCACAAAGUACACCAUCGAUCCCAAAACAUGUCUACUCCCACCACCACAAACACCUACACAUACAUAAUAGCCGGCGGCGGCCUCGCAGGCAGCACGCUCGCCUCCCUCCUCUCAACCAGCCACCCCAGCUCAACCAUUCUCCUCAUAGAAGCGGGCCCCGACGUGUCAACACACCCGUUGACAUCCUCCCCACUCGCCUGCUUCGGCGCGCACAACUCGCCCCUCGACUGGGCAUACACGACCGUCCAACAAGUCCACCUCAGUAACAGGGAAUGCUACAACGCAGCGGCAAAGGCGCUCGGCGGCGCGUCGGCGAUCAACUACGGGACGUGGACGAGGGGUGAUGCCAAGGAUUAUGAUCGGUGGGCAGAGACCGUUGGGGAUCAGGGCUGGAGUUAUGCAGGACUCUUGCCGUAUUUUCGGAGGGUGGAGACGUGCGUUGAUGCGAGGGGAGAGGGGGUGGAUGAUGUACAUGGGAUCGACGGGCCGAUUCAUAACGGGUCUGUUUCGGGGAGUCAUGUGGAGAGGAAGUAUCCCCUCCGCGAGCCGUUGAGGAGGGCGUGGGAGAGGGUUGGGGUCACGAGUAUUACUGAUAUGAAUUCGGGAUCACCGGUUGGGUUGGGCGAGUUGGUUGAGAAUUGGCGGGAGGGAAAGCGGCAGAUUGCCAGUGAGGUGUUUGGGAUUCGGGAUCGGGCGAAUGUGACGAUCUUGACGGAGACGAUGGUGCAGAGGGUCCUUGUUGAGGAGGAGGAGGGAGGAAGGAAAGUUGCCAAGGGAGUGCAGCUGGUUGGAGGCGAGGUUUACCAUGCGGAGAAGGAAGUCAUCAUAUCCACAGGAGCAUAUCGCACUCCGCAGGUUCUGAUGCUCUCAGGGAUCGGGCCGCGCGAUGAGCUCACAAAACAUGGAAUCGAGACUAUCGUUGAUGCAGAAGAGGUCGGACGAAACUUUCACGAUCACUUUGCCUUUGUGCAGUGGUGGAAGCUGCGCAAUCCGGAGAAAGGAUUGUCUAUUGGUACACCAUUGUGGACCAGUCCCGCAUAUGCCCUGGGCCUUCCCUGCGACUGGAUCGCUACUACUCAGGUUCCCCGCGAUGAGCUGAUUCGUGCAUUGCAUCGAGACGGAGAAACCGAUAUCGAAAAUCACGCGUACCUCGUGCCCGGUGCUGGCCAUGUGGAAACGCUCGUUGUCUAUGCGCCCGCUGGUGCAGCGGUCUCGCGCGUCAAUGUUCCUAUGGACGGCACGCACAUUGCAUCUUCAGUCCUAUGCAUGUCAUCAACGUCGCGAGGCCGUAUCACUCUUGCGUCCGCUGACCCGAGAACACCGCCUCAGAUUGAUCCGAACUAUUAUGCGACAGAAUUCGACCGCACUGUCCUCCGAGCUGGUAUCAGACAGGUUGCGAGCCUUCUCCUGGAGACGCCGGAGGGUCAAGAGAUUGUUGAAUCUGAAUCGCCACGUCCUGGCUUCAAAGCUCUCGGCACGCAGCCUACAGACGAGGAGAUUGAUGCCCAAGUAAAGGCAGGCGGGAACACGUUCUACCAUCCUGCUGGCUCGGCUGCAAUGGGCAAGGUCGUUGACACCCAUCUUCGGGUGAGAGGGGUAGAGGGCUUGAGGGUCGUGGAUGCGAGUGUAUUGCCGCACCCGGUCACUGCGCAUUACCAGGCGCUGGUGUAUGCGAUUGCGUACAAGGCGGCGGAUCUCAUAUCCAGUUGAUAUCGCAAUGUGACUGUUUGUAUGUGGUAACUUAGAUGCGAACCACCACUUCAGCUGGUUUCUCGUGCGCAUAAGUAGCAAAAGCGCUUUCUGGCAACGGAGGCAGACACGGCGCAUUGGGAGAAAAGUUGAGCAUGCCGGCCCUAGCUUGAUGGAUUGCCCGGACGCAAGGCCACCUUUCCAUGCAUUUCGUAGAGUUCAAAGCAUGUUCAAGCGAAAAGCCACUAAUCUCGACGCCUGUCCACCUUCCCUUGUCCGCCUUGGAAUGGCGGCUAUAGGAAUCAGUCGUUGUUCCGCAUUCUGGAAGAUUAUUAGACAUCGUCUCGGCCUUGAUCUGCUCCGAGGCUACCCAAGCAGCCCACUCGGACUCGAAAGAGCCCUCGCGGUGGGGCCAGGAUUUCAGGACGGCAAUCGCGCGGCGUCGCACACUGUGAUCCCGACACCACAUGGCGGCCGAGUACAGAGGUGGAAUGAUGCCGAUGUCGAGGGUCACGCUUGGGCGGUCGGGAAACCUGCUCAUGAUCUCCUCCACCAUUGAAAUGUGCAAUUCAUGCUCUGACGUAUAGUAGUUUAGUGCAGUCUCAUCGCGGAGGAGGCAUGUCUUGACAGUCAGCGCGAGACUGCGUUGCACGAGCCGCAUCAUAUCAGCGCCUCUUUGCUCCUUUGCGUUGAAAGUUCUCGAUGCGCAAAACGAGUCAAAGCUGGUCUCGAAUUGACUGUAUUGAGACAGAAGCUCGAGUUGCUUCUGGUGCAAUGCCGCGUAGUCUGAGAGGAUUUCCUCUUCUGAUAGGCCGCCGCACCGUGUAAGGAACCGAAACACCGCGCCCAAGAUGGAGUCGAGUGACCUGCGAGCCUCUUGGAAAUUGGAAAAGACUGGCGGAGCCUCAAAAGAGCAUAUUUGCGUCUCGAUCCUGUUAUUCUCCAGCACAACCUCGCAAGCCCCAUACUGAAGAGAUUGAAUUUCCAGGUUGGUGAACGCCGCGACGAUACACUGCUCAACGUGCGUCUCAAGCGAAUCCUCUUUCAUCUCAUUCAGAAUCCUCAACCCACACUGUAAAUGCCGAAAAGCCUCAUCAUACUGGCUCCGCAGUAGCUGCGUAAGAACAAACAGCAGACAGCACAAAAGCAUAACCUCGCGAAACCGCGGAUC